AUGAUGGUAUUGCAGCUGGUCUCCAAUUGCUUAACACCUUCAAAACGUGAACUUUAUGCGGAUCAGUUAAAACAUUACGUAAAUAUAACUCAGCGCGGCGAGUGCAGCAAUACCACUUGCGACACACAGCAUCGUUUUUAUUUGGCAUUUGAGAACAGUGUAUGUCGUGAUUAUAUUACCGAAAAAACUUUCGCACGCAUGGAGUCGUUACUGGUGCCAAUUAUCUUCAACAGAUCUAUUUAUGAUGUUUCUCUGCCACCCGGAUCGUUUAUUGCUGCCGACGAUUUUGAGUCACCGCGCCAACUUGCCAAAUACCUUAAUUAUCUGGGAAGAAACAAUACUGUUUAUUUGAGGUAA